GAGGUGGUGUCGGGGAGGGGGGGAUCUCUUUCCCCGUUUGGAGAUGAUCGUGCUAUUCCUCUUUGCCUUGCUCUGGAUGGUGGAGGGGGCUCUUUGCCAGCUCCAUUACACGGUGCAGGAAGAGCAGGAGCAUGGCACGUUCGUGGGGAAUAUCGCCGAGGACCUGGGCUUGGACAUUACAAAACUUUCGGCUCGCCGCUUCCAGACGGCGCCCAACUCCCGCAGCCCUUACCUGGAGCUCAACCUGGAGACCGGGGUGCUCUACGUGAACGAGAAGAUCGACCGGGAGCAGAUCUGCAAGCAGAGCCCUUCCUGCCUGCUGCACCUGGAGGUCUUCCUCGAGAACCCCCUCGAGCUGUUCCAGGUGGAGAUCGAGGUGCUGGACAUCAAUGACAACCCGCCUUCCUUCCCGGAGCCCGACCUCACCGUGGAGAUCUCGGAGAGCGCCACGCCGGGCACCCGCUUCCCGCUGGAGAGCGCCUUCGACCCCGACGUGGGCACCAACUCCCUGCGCACCUACGAGAUCACCCCCAACAGCUAUUUCUCCCUCGACGUGCAGACGCAGGGCGACGGCAACCGCUUCGCCGAGCUAGUGCUGGACAAGCCCCUGGACCGGGAGCAGCAAGCGGUGCACCGCUACGUGCUGACGGCGGUGGACGGCGGGCAGCCCCAGCAGCGCACCGGCACCGCCCUGCUCACCGUCAGGGUGCUGGACUCCAACGACAACGUCCCCGCCUUCGAGCAGCCCGUCUACACCGUGUCGCUGCCGGAAAACUCGCCGCCGGGCACCCUGGUGCUGCAGCUCAACGCCACCGACCCGGACGAGGGCCAGAACGGCGAGGUGAUCUAUUCUUUCAGCAGCCACAUCUCCGCCCGCGCCCGGGAGCUCUUCGGCAUCGCGCCGCGCACCGGGCGGCUGGAGGUGAGCGGCGAGCUGGACUACGAGGAGAGCAGCGUCUACCAGGUGUACGUGCAAGCCAAGGACCUGGGUCCCAACGCCGUGCCGGCGCACUGCAAGGUGCUGGUGCGGGUGCUGGACGCCAACGACAACGCGCCCGAGAUCAGCUUCUCCACCGUCAAGGAGGCGGUGAGCGAGGCGGCGGCGCCGGGCACCGUGGUCGCCCUCUUCAGCGUCUCGGACCGCGACUCGGAGGAGAACGGGCAGGUGCAGUGCGAGCUGCUGCAGGGCGACGCGCCUUUCCGCCUCAAGAGCUCCUUCAAGAACUACUACACCAUCGUCACCGAGGGGCCGCUGGACCGCGAGCAGCCCGGGGGGGACGCCUACACCCUCACCGUGGUGGCCCGGGACCGCGGGGAGCCGCCGCUGAGCACCAGCAAGUCCAUCCAGGUGCGGGUGAGCGACGUGAACGACAACGCGCCGCGCUUCAGCCAGCCCGUCUACCAGGUGUACGUGAGCGAGAACAACGUGCCCGGCGCCUACAUCUACGCCGUCAGCGCCACCGACCGGGACCAGGGCGCCAACGCCCAGCUCGCCUACUCCAUCCUGGAGAGCCAGAUCCAGGGCAUGUCCGUCUUCACCUACGUCUCCAUCAACUCCGAGAACGGCUUCCUCUACGCCCUGCGCUCCUUCGACUACGAGCAGCUCAAGGAGUUCAGCUUCCAGGUGGAGGCGCGCGACGCCGGCGAGGAGCCGCAGCCGCUGGCCGGCAACGCCACCGUCAACAUCAUCGUGGUGGACCAGAACGACAACGCCCCCGCCAUCGUCAGCCCCUUGCCCGGUCGCAACGGGACCCCGGCGCGGGAGGCGCUGCCCCGCGGCGCCGAGCCGGGCUACCUGGUGAGCCGGGUGGCGGCGGUGGACGCCGACGACGGCGAGAACGCCCGGCUCACCUACAGCAUCGUGCGGGGCAACGAGGCCAGCCUGUUCCGCAUGGACUGGCGCACCGGCGAGCUGCGCACGGCCCGCAGGGUGCCGGCCAAGCGCGACCCGCAGCGCCCCUACGAGCUGGUCGUCGAGGUGCGCGACCACGGGCAGCCGCCGCUCUCCUCCACCGCCGCCAUCCAGGUGGUGCUGGUGGAGGGCGCGGGGGAGCGCCCCGGCGGAGGAGGAGGAGGAGGAGGAGGUCUGGGAGCGGGGGCGGGCGCGGGCGGCGGAGGGUCCGGCGAGCAUCGCCCCAGCCGCUCCGGGGGUGACGCCUCGCUCGACCUCACCCUCAUCCUCAUCAUCGCGCUGGGCUCCGUCUCCUUCAUCUUCCUGCUGGCCAUGAUCGUCCUGGCCGUGCGCUGCCAGAAGGAGAAGAAGCUCAACAUCUACACCUGCCUGGCCAGCGACUGCUGCCUGGGCUGCUGCUGCUGCUGCCCCUGCUGCAGCCGCCAGGCGCGGGCUCGCAAGAAGAAGCUCAGCAAGUCGGACAUCAUGCUGGUGCAGAGCUCCAACGUGCCCAGCAACCCGGCGCAGGUGCCGGUGGAGGAGUCGGGCAGCUUCGGCUCCCACCACCACAACCAGAACUACUGCUACCAGGUCUGCCUCACCCCGGAGUCCGCCAAGACGGACCUGAUGUUCCUCAAGCCCUGCAGCCCCUCGCGCAGCACCGACGCCGAGCACAACCCCUGCGGGGCCAUCGUCACCGGCUACGCUGACCAGCAGCCCGACAUCAUCUCCAACGGCAGCAUUCUGUCCAGCGAGACAAAACAUCAGCGUGCUGAGCUCAGUUAUCUAGUUGACAGACCCCGACGAGUAAACAGUUCUGCAUUCCAGGAAGCAGACAUAGUAAGCUCUAAGGACAGUGGUCAUGGAGACAGUGAGCAAGGAGACAGUGAUCAUGAUGCCACUAAUCGAGGUCAAUCCUCUGUUUCUUUUUCUCUCAUGCUUGCAGGCAUGGAUCUCUUCUCCAAUUGCACGGAGGAAUGUAAAGCACUGGGCCACUCAGAUCGGUGCUGGAUGCCUUCCUUUGUUCCAUCUGAUGGACGCCAAGCUGCAGAUUACCGCAGCAAUCUGCAUGUACCUGGCAUGGACUCCGUUCCAGACACUGAAGUGUUUGAAACACCAGAAGCCCAGCCGGGGGCAGAAAGGUCCUUCUCCACCUUCGGCAAAGAGAAGGCCCUUCACAACACUCUGGAGAGGAAGGAGUUGGAUGGACUGCUGUCUAAUACACGAGCGCCUUACAAACCACCAUAUUUGAAACAUGGGUGGCAGCAGAGUAAUCCCCAUCCUACAUCCCCCAGCCCCAGCCCCAGCCGUGUGUCUCACCCUUUACCUGGAUACACCACUACAAAGGCACUUGCCAUCUCUGGAUCUCAAAGUGGAUUAUAAAGAAUAGUGAUUUAAACCUUCCUGCACCUCUAGGAGAUGGCACGGAAAAGGAUAUGCUAGUCACUUCUACAGGACUUACCUGAAGCAGCAUGAUUUGCACAAAAGUCGACCAACAAAAAGCAUCAACUUUCAACUUCAUUAUCUUGGCCAUCCAGUUCUGUGUAACUGAAGGAUUUGUGUGCUGUUGGAGACAUCAUGGCCAACAAUAGGACCUAAUUGCUCUCAGCAGGCCUGAGAAAUGAGUUGAAAUGUGUAGAACUGUAGAAACUUCAGAGGCAACUGAUCUUGCCUCUCUGAUCAGUGUGUGCCUGUUUACAGCACUAUAUAUCUUUCUCUCUCCAAAAUGUCACUGAGCCCUUUAGAUGUUUAUAUUCACCACAAGAAGCCAAUCGUACGGAUAAAAGAAAUGUGCAUUAUAAAUGCAAUAUCACUGUUUUAAACUUGACUGUUUUAUAUUAUUUUUGUGUGAUCAAGUGUUCCCCAAACUAUUCCAACUUUACAAGAGAGAUUGUGAUCAUGUUCUUUUCACAUGUGGGUCAUAAAAAUGUUGUUAAUCUGAAGGCCCGCAAAAUUAUCAAAGACAUUCUGUAGUUUAUACACCGUGUUGCAAAGUGUUUACUGUACUAUUUCAAAGCUUCUAAAUAAAUAUAAAAUAUAUAUAUAUUAUAUUAUAUAUAAUUUUCCGAAAAACGUGGUACAACUUAGUUGAUUUUUAAUGGAUUCAUACAGUCUACACCAUACACUAAAAUGAGAAGGUAAUUCAGGGUUCCUAAGCUAUCCUUGGUAAAAACAAAAAUAAAAUAAACCUUUACUAGUACUUCCCCGAUAUUCAUAAUGCGGUCAAUCCUGUUUUUCCUGUUUAAAAAAAAAAAAAAAAAAAAGCUGUAAGCAACAACAUUUUGUCUAAAAGCUGUAACGAAUUUUCAAUGCCAAAGAUGCAGCUGUCAAUAUUACCAGAAUGAGCGCUAUGUACUAUCAGAGGUAUAAACCACUCUCCAUUAUUUUGAUUAUAUUUCUAUGGUUUUUAAUUUGGAAUCACAGAAUCUUUUAUAAGGCUCUAUAAACUCACCUGUAUAUGUUGUUAAAAAGAACACUGGGUGUCUGUACAUUUUGCAAUGUAAGAUAUAAUGUAAGUGAAGUUAAGUAUUUUAAGAAAAUCAUCCCAGACUCAUAAGUAUACAUACAUACAUACAUACACACACACGCAAACACACAUGCACAUCUCUCUGACGUAGUUUUGUGAAACUAUACCAAUAUAUUGCCUAAAAAUAUUUCUCUUGUGGCUAGGAAUAGUUGUUGAUAGAAUUCAAAUUACCGAGGCAAAGCAUAUGCCAAACUAUUGACUCUUUUAUCACAAAGGAGAUUUGAAAUUAGGAACAUGGCACAUUCUCAGCUGACCUUUCUUCCACUGGAGCUAAAAAGGGGUUGGCUAUACCAUCUUUGUUGGGAAAAGGAUUAAACCCUUCCAUAUAAUCUUUAUGUUCUGUAAUAAUUCUGUGGUCUGAAACAGUAUCUUAGAGCGUUUCUUUUCUAUGAAAUAUUGAAAAAGGUAAACUUUCGAGGAUAAAGUUUAAAAUUACUUUCAUGUCCAUGGAGUUUAAGUACCAUUUACUAAAUGUAAAAAUCUAGUAAAAUGUUUUUUUCUUUUUUUUUCUUUUUGUAUUGUGUUUUUUUUUCCCCGCUGUAUCUCAAUAUGUCAAAUAUUGAAAACAAAUUAGAGAACACUGUGUUAUCAACGAAUGUCUAACCAAAUCUGAACAAAUUCCUAGCGAUGAUUCAAUAUUAAGACAAGAGAAAAACCUCUAAUUGAUUUAAGUGGAAUUUGUAUCAUGCCAUUUUAUAGAAAUUCUGAUAUCCCCACCAAUGCUGCCGGAGAAUGAAUGUGUGAGAAGCUGAUUUUAGCCACUGCUAUGUCAUAAUAGUUUGAGUUUCUCCCUUUUGUUAUUUUAUAUAUAUAUAUAGACAGUUUCUAUUAGAUAGGAGUAUGUAAAUCAUCUGUACAGAAACCAUCCUGCUAUGAAUCCAAACAAAGCUUCCGAUCAAUUUGUGAGAGUUUGUUGUACAAAUGGCUACUGGACCGAACCCUGAAGUUAUUAAUUUAAUACUCCGAACAACAACAGCAAAAAACCGCUUAUUGAACAUUUUUAAUGUGUACAUUUAGCACAUUUGUAUACCUACAAAUAUUUUGUAGGAUCCUUUUUAAAUGUGUACAUUAUACAAAAAAUCAAAAACAGCACCAAUAGCUAUUGGUUUGAGCAAACACAACAGGGAAGUGUUUCUCUAGCUGUAGGUAGUGGGACUUUUAGUCACCUACAUGCUUCGUUAAUUUUAUUACAAAAAGCAAUGAAAUAUAGGACAAAUAUUUCAUUCAAAUGAGGGGUUUUUUAAGUCUUGUUUCUGGUUUUAAAUCAAGAAAGUGCUUGCCCUUCUUAGAACUAUUUUUUCCUUUAUUUCCAUGUAUCUUUUUAAUAUUGGACAUAUACUGUAAAUUAAGGUUGUUUUUAGACUUUGGGAGGAAAAGGAGAUAUUUUUCCUUUCUAUUUCAUGGACAGUUGUAGUGUUUUUAUUCAAUGAAAUUGCCUUCAUAUUUUUCAUGCCAGUUUUUCUGAAAAAAUUAACCUUACUAUAUACCCCAUACCCCGCCAUUCAUUUCAGUAACUGAACUCUUUCCAUGAACUAUGUAUGUGAUAUACAUAUCCAUUUCUUUUCUUUUUUUUUUUUUUUUUUAAUGUUAAAUAAUGUCAACAUCAGUCCAUCCAGUCACAGAAAUCCUUUUGAUUUCAUUGGGGGAGUACCAGAGGGAAUCAUGACAGGAAGCAGAACUGUUGAGGAAAAGAAAGUUUUUAGGUACUACGGCCUGGGCUCCCAAGAUAAAGAUAUAGCUUUUGCCGAUUCCACUAGCUCAUUGUGAAUCUCAGUCUGAUAACAUUUGACAACGCAAGCUUUAGGACACAUUAAGAAGCAGUGCAUAGCUGCUGUGUCCCUAAAGGAGUACUAAGAAACGUAUUUGGCACCACGGAAGCUCAAUUUCUUCCAUGUUUCUUUGUUUUAGUGGGGAAGAUACCUGUUGCAUCCAGCCAGCUCCCACUGACAUUGACUUGUUCAGCAUCUCCCAUAUAUUUCAUCAUGCCACUAGGUGCCUAUCUGCAGUGAUAGGUAUGUAAAUGCCUUUAAACAUUAGCUUUUGUAUUUGCCUCUUCCUUUAAGCAUAUGUGAUGCAAAUGUCUAAGGACUCUGAUUUGCAUAUUGGACGCAAAAGUAAACUGAAGCGGUGAGAAAAUGUUUAGAUUGGAUGUUGAGGUUCUGAGAUCUUCAUUAAAUGCUUUUAAAAAUAGUUCAAAAACUGCCUGUCAGGGAUGAUAUAAGUGUACUUAAACUUGCCUCAGAGAAAAAGCACGGGCUAGACUCUCAGUCCUGUUGUUCUGUAAUUCCUACUAGGGCAUGCUAAGUGUUGGAGGAUGUGAUCUGUACACAGCUGUAGGGAUAAGAAAGUUUUAUCCUUCAGUUAGGUAUCAAAGCAAUAGUUAAUGUUAAAUUUACAAUUUAUGAGCAUAAUAGAACAAGCUGUCUGUGUGAAGAAGUGUCUUUGGAGUAAAUUAGAGUUCCAGCACAGAAGACAGGAUCUUAUAAAAGGUAACAAACUGGAAACAGAUCUGUAAACAUUUUUUUAGUUUGAAAAAAAAAUAUUGGUAUAUAUAUAUAUAUAUAUAUAUAACAAUGGAUUUCUAAGCAGCUUGCCUAUUAGAUUUCUUCCAAACCAGACUUUAGUUUCUUCCAGAUGGAUUCUUACAGAACUUAGAAACACUGAAAUAUUUCACUACUUGAAAGAAAAUUUGAGUUAUUUAAUGCAAGUUUUUACAAAGCUGCCUAUUGAGAAAAAUAAGAAAAAGAAAAGAGAUAUUUCCAUUAAUACAUUCUCAGCUGAUUUGAAAAAGAUAUAGUAAUUUUUCAUCAGUAUCGUUGCAAAAUUAAGUGGAACGACAAUGAACAGAUAAACACAAUUUGUAAAGAUUGUGCUUCCUGCAUUAUAGUCACUUAUAGGGGGGUUGGGAAGGAGGAGAUAUGUGUGUUUGUGUGUGUGUGUGUAUGAUUAUAGUUCAAGUUCUGGUAAGUUGCCACUGGAUUUUUUUCUUAUGGGAGUACACUCCUAUUAGUAAAUGCAAACAGAAGCGCACAUGUGAUACUACAAAGUUAGACUCGUUCCUUAGUGUAGAAUGGAGUUUUGCAGUCAAGAUCUGAAUUCAGCCCCUUCUUUGUGCAUUAUACCUACAACCAAGCACACAUGUCACUAUUUGACUUUCCAAAUAUUACCUGCUCAUAGUGGGCUUCUUUUUUUUCAGUACUAUCAUUCCUCAGGGUAACGGGUGGAUAAAUAGAUAGUCUUCCUAGGCUGAUAAAUUGUCAUUGCAGUUUUGCAACACUAUUACAUAUUUGUAUGUCUUACAUGGAGAAAACCAAUCAUAUCCUGCCAUUGUUCCAUGUUAAAGUCUGGAGUUUUGUGGCAUUCGGACUUUUGAAUUAAAAUUUAUACAAAGUCAUAGGGGUCAAAAUUAGCAUCUUUGAUAGACAUCUAGUUAUUACAAUUUGAUUACAAAACAUUGGCAUCAGAUAUUUAUAAAGAACAGAAUGCUAUUUAUUCUAUUUGAAGUAAUGUAAAAGACAGCCAGUAAGAUUUUAUUAUAAUAUUAAGCUAUGAGAAAUUCUGAAACUGUGAGUUAAAUCCAUUGCACUGAUCCCUACAAUCAGAGCUCAAAUUAUUUUUAAAGAGCUCCUUCAUUUUCUUGUCUUUAAUCUGCUAAUCUGUAUUGGUAUGAAAUGGAUACAUAUAUAUAUAUAAACAAAUGCAUCCAUUAAAAUCCAUUGUUGAGCAUCUGUGGUUUUGUAGAUAUCCUCAUAUGUAAGAAAUGAGCAAGAACUAACUUGGACAGCUUUCUUUAAUUGAAAUGGUUUUUGAAUUUGAAUUUGUUAAUAAAGUUCAUGAUAUUGACAGACAUCAGGAAAAAACUGUUUAUGUGGGUUAGUUCUCCAGAAGGCAAAUGCUUCAUUUAGGAAGCAUCCUUUAAAACAUGUGUAAAUGUGAGUGCUGGAAAUCUUGCUGAGUCAAGAUGAAACCUACUGUGCUAAAGCUUUCUUGUUCACUGUGUCAGCACUAAUUAAAGCAUCCUCUGGAUGUUAACCACCUAAGCCAAUCAGAAGAUAUCAAAAAUGGCAAACAGGAUUGAGAUAUCAUUUACCAUACUUACUAAAGAGAGCUGAAGGUAAAUAGGUGAAUAUAGACUAAAAUAUUUAUGUGUAUUAUAUAAUAUGGAGAAGUCAGUCAAGCAAAACAAACAUUUAAUGAAAGUACGCAUCCAAAUACAUGCAGUUCAAAGAUUAAAGUUCAUCAAAUGCUCAAAUUAAAGGUGUGUUUUCUAUAACUCGUUUUUAAGUUUCACUGACAGCAGAGAGUAAUGUAUUGUAAAACAAAGCCUUACGACAACGUGGUGAAGGGAAUGUAACCAAACCAACCUUAAGCUUUAGAAGUCUUGGAUCCCAACAUUCAGGUUGCAAAACUGAACUGAUUUUCAUAUGCAUCAGAGCCUAAUUCCAUUAAAGGCAAUGGCCCAAGUGACAGUGAUUUGAAGGAGAGCAGAAGGAAGUUUUCAUUUCUUUCGUUAUGCACAUGCAUUUUUAAGCAAGAGCAGCGUACAAUAAAAUUAUUUGACAUAGAAAAAGGGAAACUUCGCAAGCUCUGCUUUUAACAAGCUACACAAUCAGUUUUGGAAAUUUGGACGUGGCUGUGUAUCAGUUUAAGAGAGACACACUUCUAAUAAUUUUAAAGCAAAAUAAAACAAUGGAUUAAAUGAUAGCACUGUUCAGCUUUUCUAAGGAGAGAAAGAAAUGCAGUUCUGAGCAGAUAUAUUCAUGCUUUUACUAUGCAGAAAGGCAGAGAAUUAAAAGUUAAUUGGAGCAGAGUAUUCUUACACUACCAUAGCUAGUGGCUGAAAUUGUAAGCAAAGCAAGAAAAUAAAAUACCAACCUCAACAAUGAAUGUUUUGGAAAGUUGUGCUUUGGAAGACAUCAGACAGAUCCUAAGCACAUUAUAUCCUUUCAGACCUAAACCGAAACUUAUUAUCUUUUCUGGUCUAACUUUUACUUGGAGUAGAAAAGCAGUCCUCUGAAGGGUUUGUGUGCUCACCUUUGUGUUUGGGAAAUAUUCCCAUUUCAUGUGAACAGGAUAGAGAAAAGACCUAUAUGAAGUCUAACGUCAAAAUGCUCUAGUAAUUCCAUCUCCACCACUGCAGCUUUUCUAGACAGGUAUCAGAAAAAUUUAGGGCAGAAACUUUAUGGGUUGCUGACAGAAGAGCAGUGUUCCUCUGUGAAAAAGAGAGAGAGAAAAAAAAAGAGAACAUUCCCUGAUUUUCUGAGUCUCGCAGAUGACAUUGGUACUUAAAUAGCUCUUUGUUCAGGAAUAAAUAUCACAAAAGAGAAAGAUUUCACCAUGAGGGCAAUAUAUUUGUUGUUGCUUAUGCUAUCUCCAAAAAAAUGAUGAAUGCAAGCAAACAUUCUCCUGCUGAGACCCCUGAAGAUGAGGCUAAAUUAUGCCCGUGGAGCUUAUGGCCAUUUAGUUUUCGUAAGAGGCUUGCUUUGAUUUAUAUGCUGACUGUCAACAAAGAAAGAGAAGUGAGACAGAGUGCUGGAAGUAAAAGAUAGUUAAUUAAUAUAAUCAAGGGAGAAAAUGCAAUAUACCUUGUAAUGAUAUCAUUAAAUUUCACUGAGUUUCUGGAAACAAUCUGUUAAAAAGCAAACAAACAAACAAACAAAACCCCCAAAAUAAAAAACAAAUCCACUCCUUGACAUGCCAAGUACACAUUUAAAUUAGAUCAGUCCCAGCUGAGUUGAAAAAUAAUGGCAUGGGAGGUAGCUUAUUCUUUCUUACAACUGUUUCCAGGGGACAGUGGAGUUCAGCCCUGGCUUCCAGCACCUCCCUUCGAAUAGGGCUGGGCUGAGGCUGAGACGGGUGUCUAGCAGACGGGCAGGGGUCAGGAUCAGUCCUGGUGCUUGAUCCAGGGCCAGACCGAGACUCGGGACAGUGGCCCACCCCAAAGAACAUCAGGGAGCCUCUCCCCACAGCCCCUGGUGGGAUAGGGCCACCCUUUGCUGUGCUGCUGCUGGGCCAGUUCCCAGCCCACUAAAAUCAUCCGCCCAGGAGGGUUUCUCACCCUGUUGUGAAAACUUAACAAUUUACAGACUUCCUUCCCAGAUAUAUUAUUAUAUUCUGCUUCAAAUACUAUUUUUUAGUGAGUGUUACUUCAUUGUGGUGUUUACUAUUUAUGUCAGCUAGUUUUUUGGGGGCUGCUGGCAUUGCUUGUAGUUAAGUAAUAGACUUUCCAGCCUAACUUUUAAAUUAUGCCUUUAUAGUCACAGGUGGAAUGCAAUUAGCCUUUGUCAUAUAGAAAUUCAUGUUAAGGUUUCUGGGUUUAAUUUUGCUCCUUUAAUUGUGCUCCUUUAAUUCCUGUUGUCAAUUCAUGUGUGACAACACAGGAAUUAAUUUCAUUUUGUUAUUAAUUAAGUAAAAUUUUACUUUAUUUAGUAAAUCUGAUCCAAGGAGUACCACUUAUCCAGAAAAAAAUCUUCAGGCAAAAGCAUAUAAUUUACCUUUUGUCUUUCUAAUGUACAUUGUUACCAGACCUUUACUGUUCAGGGAGAAGGAUGUGAAAUGCAGUAACAGAAAAAUAUUUGAAUGAUGCUUUACUGGAUUGGGGAAAUCUAUUUCCUGUUUUCACUCUAUGCCGGGUAAACUGGAAACCACCUCUUGCAUACAAACUUGUCGAGUGUUUAAUUCUUCAUUUGCAGAGUGAAAUCUACAGCUUCACUGAACAUGCUGCUAAUAUUCACAGAUCUAAAGCUUCAGGAAAAAAACAAACCCAAAAAUCUGUCUUACUGUUCUCAUCCAAAAAAAUAACCUUGAGCACUGGAAAAUCUAUUUGUAGCUGGAAAUGAAGAAACCCAAACAUUUAGUUCAAAGUUAGAUUUCUAUUCACCGCUGUUCCACAUGCUUUCUAUCCUUUAUUCGUUAGCAAAAUAUACUGCAGUGUUAUGACAGAGGUCUGGAUCACUGUCCUUAUUUUGCUGAAGCUUAAUUAAGAAAUUACAUAAUGCCAUUUAUUGUAGAGGUGGGAAUAACACCUAGUUCCUAAAUCAAAAUAACAAGAAAAAAAACACCACCACAACAGUCAUUAGAAUAUAAAAUUAUGUAAAACUACAUGGGUGCUACAAUACUGAUAUCUCCCUGCAUGCAGGUUAAUGAGCUAACUAGUAGUCUAGAGAGCAAUAUGUAAUCUGGUGCCCUUGGUCUCUCUGUCAAAGGAACAUAUAAUUAUUCUUUUCAAAUUGGGAUGGCUUCAAAGAGAAAAAUGAAGACAUCAUCAUCUUUCCACUCAGAGCCUAAAGCCUUUUGGAUACGAUGAUUGGGGAGGGUUGGGAAAAGCAAAUUUGGUUUAGAUCCCAUCAUAAAAAAAGAAGCAUUUGUUCUCAGUGGCCAACAUCAUGGACAAAUAUUGUGAUCUGUAUGGUGUAAAAAAAAAAAGGGCCUCUAUAAGCAUAUGCUUCUCUGGUAGCUUUCUGUUCAAUACAUGUCUUCCCAGAACACUUAAAAAUAGGAUCCUGGUUUGUUGAGGUGUUUAUUAAGAUGUUGAACACUAAGUACCGGAGCAGAUAGCAUGGCUCUUGGAAUAUUUUUUCAGAGUGUGAGAAAACCAUAUUCAGUUUUCUCCAUCUCAGAUGUUUUCUGCAUCCACAGCCAGCUGAGUUUCUAAACAGCAAGUUAGAGGAUAAUCUCCUGUUUUGCUGUUCCAGCCUACAAAAGUACUUAAAUAUUUCUUGGUGCAGGAACUAGGCACAUGUGCCACCUUCUAUACCUAAUCACUGAUUAAAUAUAGACUCAUUUGCUCGCUCUCCAGUGAGUAUUUGGUAUUGCGUAAAAAAAUUUGUUCGGUAGGUGUUUGUUUGUGACACAUGGAGUGACCCUAGGUGCGUUGCAGAACCAUUAGAGAGCUUGCCCUCUUGCCAAAGGGAGCAAACCACUCCUGACAUAUUAGUCACAUAGAUGAAUGUAUUACCAGAAAAUACUCAUAUGUAACGGCUGUAAGGGCACUCUAAAAGUCUUAUAGUAGCAGAAUAUAUUACUGGGAAGGGCUUACCGGGUAUUUACUCGGCAGAUGCUGAAAAGUUCAGAGACUCUGGACAACUGGAUAAAUUUCCAGAAGGUUAAGUUUUCCCUAGGUCAUCCUAUAGAUAACAACAGAAUUAGGGUACCACUUAAUUUGGGAAUCUAAUUCACCGUUUCUCUGGAAUAAGUACCCACACACUGGAAAGACACAGAGGAAAAAAUAAAACAAGAAUGUGGCUUCCAGAAUUGCUGGUAUAAAAAGAGGGUUUGCCCACCCCUCUGACUUCCUUGGACUACUUCGAUGCCCUCAGAUAUCCCGGGGCUGCAUCUCACCAUGGUUCCCCUCACCAGGCCUGAUGCUGACCUCCACUCGUGGGUCAAUGUUCCAGCCCUUCCUUGGCACAGCUUUGUGCCCAGGGAGGUGCUUAAUGCCAAGGGCUGUGGCUGUCCCUGGCUGCUCUCUGCCUGCCCUGCUUCUGGCUGGACCAGUGGAAUGGGAUCUGCCAUGACGUUCCCAGACACCCCCUAGCUCCUCAGCACCCUGACACUGGGAGGUCAUUGUACUUUGAAUGUCAUUACUAAUACAUGUUUACCCAACAUUUUUUUACAGACUGUAUUAAUGCCAGACACAAUGUGUUGUAAAAAAGAGAUCCCAAAGAUGAUGGGAAAAGGAAUCAUUCAUUUUGAGAUGGAGCUUUGUUUCAAUAAUUUUAUUUCCUUGAUGUUGUUAUUGUAAAAUACUAGAGUAUUUAGAUUGCAGAAUAAUAGUGGUUUCAAAUAAAUCAAACAAGAACGUUUCCUGAGCAUAUCUUGUCACUAAUGUUACUCAAGGUCCUUGUUUUAUUUUCUUGGUCUUGGUUUGCUUUACAAGGAAAAACCUUUCACCUAUAACAAUUCCAUCUCUCCAUCUUUCCCCAAUCUCCUCACCCUCCAAGAUACUUUAAUUGACCUGACAGUAUCUUGAAGAAAUAAGAUAAUGAGAGAAACUGUAGGAGACAAUUUUUGUAAACUUGUUGCUGUGCGAGUAAAUUCUGGUUCAGUCUAAAUAAACCAAGGAGAAUAAAGG